AUAACGAAAAAAGAAAGAAAAAUUCUUUUUAGUGAAAAAAACGUAACCCAACGUCGUGUAUUUAAAAAAGAAGAAAAGUUUUUAGUGCAUUUUAAAGCAGUGUCUAACUACUACGUGCUCUCUCUCUCGCUCUCCUUCACUCUACUAAAGUGUGCCUACGUGCGUGUGUGUUUGAUAUAGAAAAUAAUUGUGUGAUUUAAUGAAAAAAAGUAUAAAUAUUUUUAGCUUUUUUUAAAAUUUACAACAAUCCUUUAAAAAUAAUUUAAACAAUUUUGUAUUGCUCUCUCUCGCUGGUUCUCUCGUGUGAAAGAACUUUACAUAAAUAACAUUACAACCCCACAACCAGAUCCACCAAAUAAAAUUUAAAUUUUGAAAUAAAAUUUAAUUCUAACAAUAAUUAAAAAUUCUCCAACACCAAAUUAUAGAAAACAAGCCCACAGGACAAAAACAAAUCUAUUUUUUAGCAAUAAAUAAAAAACAAAAUUUAUUAAAAUUAAAAAAAAAACAAAAAUAUAUUUUUGUAAAUCAAAACCAAAAUUGCUGAAAAAAUAACCAAAAAAACAAAAUUCCAUUCACAGUGAUAUUUGCAAAAGGCAAAAAUACCAAAAAUCAACCUGCAAUAUCACCAGCAACAGCAUCAACAUCAUUAAUCAACGUUAGUAGUGGAACAGUAGUUCUUUAACACUUUCUUUCCAAACUGAUAUGGCGGAGGGUUUAAAAACGCUCCUAGAAGCUGCUCAAUAUAUUGAGCGGCAGGAGAAAUUGAAUUUAUCACCACAGGCCACAGCAAUACCGGCAAUACUCAAUGAGCAGCAACGUUUCAUAGUGCAUGCGUAUGAUGCAACAAUUGCCAACAACAAUAAUAGUAAUACCACAACAACGACAACAACUAAUGGCCAUCAUAAUGGUGUUGGUGGCGGCGGCAGCAUAAACAUACGCAAUUCAAAUAUAAGACAUGGCAAUGCCGGUUCAUUACAAGUGUCAUCAUCAGCCCCAGCUGCUGCUGCUCCAUUUCAACAUAUUAAUGGACAUCAUCACAAUCAUGCUAGCAGCAAUAACACCGCCGCCGCCAAUUCCUCCCUUCUACAACAGCAAACAUCAACGGUAUUAACUAACGGUACAAAUAGUGCAUCCGCCUCAUUAACAACAAAUGGACAUCAUCAUCACCACCAUCAGAAUAAUAAUCAACAUUCUCUCCAUCAUCUUAAUCAUCAAAGUAGUCAAUUAUUAAAUGCAAAUCAUCAUGAUUAUGAAUUUAAUGGUAAUAGCAAUGGCGGUUCUGCUGGUGUAACGGUUUUGGCCUCAUCGCCUUCUUCUUCGUCGGGGACAACAAAUGGCAAUUUACUGCAGCAAUUAUCUUUAAAUGGCAGGUCCAGUGAAGGUCGCAUAUCGGAAGAUGCAAACAACACCAACAACAACAGUAAUGAUAAUAAUACCACUGAUACUAAAAACACCUCAUUCAUGUUACUGACCAAUUCCACCUCAAGCAAAUUGUUAAAAUCCUCAUCAAGCUCAUCAUUGUCGCCACCCAUACAAAUGGCAACAGAUGACGAAGAACCAGAAGAUGUCACAAUGAUGAAAUCUAAAACAGCUGCUGAGACUGCGGCGACGGAUGGUGGCAAUAUGUCCACAUUUACUUUAAUAGGUAGAAAUGGUGAAAUUAUAGGAAAUGCUGCUGCCAGCAAACAAAUGUUGUUGGCAAAUGGCAUACGCAUAGCGGCUCCCACAGCCACUAUAGGCCAAGUAACGCAGCAACCGGCCACAACACAAGUGUCCCUGUCUAAGGCCAUUAAUAUACCUUUUAAUAAUAAAAAUAUACCCCUCAUAACCGGCUUUCCCUAUCAAUUAACUCCAACAUCCUCGUCGCCGUCAACGUCUCAGCAAGCACAACAACAAACCGCCAAUGGCGGUAGUUGUAUGGUUUUAACUAAUCGCCCAAAAACUUUUAUACCCUUGACACCGCCACCCAUGUCGAGUAGAAAAUUUGUUGAACCCACACAAUCACGUAUACGAAGUUUCUCACUAUCCUCCCAUAAACUUUCAGCCAACCAGCAUCAUCAGUUGCACAAUGGCAACAACAGCAACAGUAUGAUGGUCGAUGAAAUACCACCAACGCAACAGCAUCAUCAUAGUUUCGGUACAAACUCAUCGUCCAGUCAACACUCGACUUCUAGCCAACACUCACCGCCCCGUCAUGUGUCGUCCUCGUUGGGAGCCUCAUCGGCUGGCAGUCAUUAUAUGCAUAUGCUUAAUGCUGCUGGUGGACAGCAGUCAGCGGUAGGAGCCGGUUCAAAUCAUGUAACACAUGCUACGCCUAGAAGGCGUACCAUUAGUUCCACAAGUAAUGGGGCUGGUACCCGUGAAGUUCAUAAUAAAUUAGAAAAGAAUCGUCGUGCCCAUUUAAAAGAAUGCUAUGAAGCAUUGAAAAAUCAAUUAUCUUUGAAAGAUGAAGAUCGCAGAAAAACCUCCAAUUUAGCUAUAUUGGGUGAAGCUUUAAAAUGUGUCCAAACUUUCCAAAAACGUGCUCAAGAACUGGAAGUUGAAUCGGAACAUUUAGCGAAUGAGAAAAUCAAUUUACAAAAACGUAUUGUUAGCUUAAAGCGUGAACUUGGUCCAAAGUAUGAACAAAUGUUUUCGGGAUUAGGUAUUUUUUCUGAUAUCGAAAUUGGUAGCAUUCCAAAUGAGAGAGAAACAAUAAAUGAUACACAUUCUCUUUCAUCUGGACGUGGCAGUACAUUGUACAGUUCAUCUAGUUCGCUAUCAAGUGGCGGCAGUAAUGGCAGCAGCAGUGGUGGCAGCGGCAGCAAUACAAUGUCAUCACCAGUUGGUGCUGGUUUACAAACUGCAAUGCCCACAACAAUAUCUCCUGUGAUAAAUAAAAUCAACCACAACAGCAACAACAACAAUAUUAAUUCUACAUCACCAAUAUCAAUUAAUAGCAACAGUAAUGUUGUCAUCCAACAACAACAGCGUAAAAAUCCCACAAUUACUACCACCAUACAAGCUGUAGCAAUUCCUACUCAGGGUGGAGGGGGAGGAGGUGGCAUUAGCAGUCCACCAGCUGGUAGUCCUACGGCCCUUGUUACAUUUGGUAGCAGUCUACCAUUAUCAUUGACAGCCAAAAAUAUAUCAGCUACUGCUGUAACCCGUGGUUCACCCACACCCUCGACACCCUCACCGUCGCCGUCCUCAUCGAGUGGUGUCUCUUCGUCAUCGUCAUUGAUCUCGUCAUCACCUCCAAUUAAUGGGGUGAUUAAUAAUGGUCGAAAUGUGACCGUUAACAUUCCUAAUGGUUUGAAAUUGCAAGCAACUGCUGCUGUUGCUGGAGCUGGUCUAAAUGGUAACGGCAGCGGUGGUGGUAUUGCUGUAAGCAGCCUUAUUGCAGGUGGAAUUGGAAAUGGAUCGACAGCCACAGCUGCCGCAACAAUAUUGGCUACUUCAGCACCCGCCCAAGGAGUUAAUAAUACAAAUAAUGGUAAGUUUCCAAAAAUAAAAAUUCUUUCAACGAUAAACUGAAUACAUAGACUAGAC